CUUGACUCACAGUCUCGGAUCGCUCACUCCGCGCCAUGGCACGCCUGUGUCCGCGGUGUGCUGCAGCUCCGCGGCAUCGGGAGCCCGGCUGCCGUCAGAUGAACUGAGAGAGAGAGAGAACCGGCUGAGUUGUGACCACCCACCAUGGCUGAAUUCGGGGAGAAGAAGCAGUGCGCCGCCGGUUCCCCGGUCGCGGGCUGGAAGGCUGCGUCAGGAGGAGCCGGAGCGAAUCCGGCGGACCGGGGGGAGCCGGUGUCCAACGGGAACUGCAGCGCGACCCCGGGCUCGCUGAGGAGGGUCCAGAAGCAGGCCAGCUGCGAGUCCCCGACGUGGGACAGCGCGGGCUCAGACUCAGCAUCCAGAACGAUCCCUCGACGCAGCAGUCUGAUCAAGGAUGGGUCACGUGCGGGUCGUGAGAGGAAGAAGACGGUGUCCUUCAGCAGCAGCCUGUCAGAGAAGAAGAUCAGCAGCGCCGCCGACUGUAUCCACUCCAUGGUUGAGGGGAGCGAGCUGAAGAAGAUCCGGCCUAACUCGCGUGUCUACCAGCGCUACUACAUGCUGGACGCGGGCCUCCAGGCUCUGUGCUGGGAGCCAUCCAAGAAGGAAUCCGACAAAGCCCGCAUCUCUCUCGCCUCCAUACGAGAGGUACGGACAGGUCGUAACACGGACACCUUCCGCACCAGUGGAGUUUAUGAGCAGAUAUCCGAGGACUGUGCCUUUUCCAUCAUCUAUGGAGACGUAUAUGAGAACCUGGACCUGGUGGCCAACUCUCCUGAAGUGGCAAACAUUUGGGUGACUGGACUAAGGUAUCUGAUGCAGUAUGGGAAACACGCCCUGGACAUGCUGGCCAGCAGCCAGGACAGCCUUCGUCUCGGCUGGCUCGAGCAGCUGUUCUCCUCGGCCGCCGAUUUGGAAGGCCAGGAAGAUGAGGACGGAGGGAUCCGCUUGCGGUCGGCCGUCAAGCUGAUACAGAGCGUGAACCCUGGCGUGAGCGGUGGGAAAGUGGAGCACAGGUUUAAAGAGCUGAAAAGAGUUAGGGAGAGGGUGUCCGGACUCACAUUGGAUAACGGAUCCGGUGUUAAAGAUCACGUCGAAACCAAAAGACCACUGGGAAGAAUCGAGCGAGUCACCAAGUCGGAGUUCAUCGAGGUCUUUCACGACUUUUGCACACGUCCGGAGAUCUACUUUCUGUUGGUGCAGUUCUCGAGCAACAAGGAGUUCCUGGACAGCAAAGACCUGAUGAGGUUCCUUGAGGCUGAGCAAGGCAUGACUCAAGUGAGCGAGGAGACCAGUCUGAAGCUCAUCCAGUCCCACGAGCCGUCGGAGGAAGGCCGCCAGCAGGGGUACCUGUCUUUGGAUGGCUUUACCAGCUACCUCACUUCAGCGGAGUGCAACCUCCUCGAUGGGGAGCACGGCGCCGUGUGCCAGGACAUGUCCCAGCCUUUGUCUCACUACUACAUUAACUCCUCCCACAACACUUACCUCAUCGAGGACCAGUUCAAAGGUCCCUCCGACAUCUCCGGCUACAUCCGCGCCCUCAAGAUGGGCUGUCGAUGUGUGGAAGUGGACGUUUGGGACGGCCCUGACGAGGAGCCAGUGGUGUGCACGGGUCACACCCUUUCCCCACCGCUGUCCCUGCGUUGUGUGUUGGAAGCAAUUGGACGGUUUGCAUUUGUGGCAUCAGAUUACCCAUUAAUUGUAUGUGUGGAAAACCAUUGUUCACUUCAACAGCAGAAAACAGUGUGGAAACACCUCAUGGGAAUACUAGGGGAUAAGUUAUACACAAAUCCCCCUGAUGAAGGGGACUCUUACCUACCGUCGCCUCAUGUGUUACGCCAUCGGAUCCUACUGAAGGGUAAGAAGUUGGGUCCAAGUUCUGACGGCGAGGACGGGGAGGUAAGUGAGGAGGAUGAAGGGGCAGAGAUGUGUCAAAGGAUGAAGGCAGCUAAUAGCGGUGGGGCCACGCCUGGAGGAAGUGAGAAGGAAACGUUGCAGAAAAGCAUCACUCAGUCUCAUCCUCCUCAUCCUCCUCAUCCUCCAUCCAAACAGUUCCAGCUCUUGAAGGAGCUGUCCGACCUCGUGACUCUUUGCCGCUCAGUGGCCUUCACCGACUUCCCGACAUCAUCCAAAAUCCAAAAACCUUGGGAGCUGUGUUCCUUUCACGAGUCUCUGGCCGUGCGUCUCGCUGGCGAAAGCCCCGGAGACUUUGUCAAUCAUAACAAGCAUUUUCUGUCCCGGGUGUACCCCAACCCCAUGCGCAUUGACUCGAGCAACAUGAACCCUCAGGACCUGUGGAAGUGUGGGUGCCAAAUUGUGUCCAUGAAUUUUCAGACGGCGGGACUAAUGAUGGACCUGAACACGGCUUGGUUCCGGCAGAACGGGAACUGCGGUUACGUCCUGCGCCCGGCCAUCAUGCGGCAGGAAGUGUCGUAUUUCAGUGCCGACACCAGAGAGACGGUGCCGGGUGUGUCUCCACAGCUGCUUCAUGUGAAGGUGAUAAGUGGCCAGAACCUGCCCAAGCCAAGAGGUUCAGGGGCCAAAGGGGACGUGGUGGACCCGUACGUGUACGUGGAGAUCCACGGCAUCCCGGCCGACUGCACCGAGCGCCGCACCAGGACAGUGACCCAGGACGGGGACAACCCCAUCUUCGACGAGAGCUUUGAGUUCGAGAUCAAUCUGCCAGAGCUCGCCAUGGUUCGCUUUGUGGUGCUGGAUGAUGACUUCAUAGGGGACGAGUUUAUAGGUCAAUACACCAUCCCUUUAGAGUGUCUCCAGCCAGGCUACCGUCAUGUGCCACUCCAGUGUCUGACAGGAGAGGAACUCCCCCACGCUAAGCUGUUUGUCCAUGUGGCCCUCACCAAUCGUAGAGGAGGGGGAAAGCCUCACAAACGGGGCCUGUCGGUGCGGAAGGCCCGGAAGGGCAGGAACUACACAGCUCUGAGGGACCUGGGAGUCCGGGCUGUGGACGAGGUUUUCAAGACGGUCGCUCCACUGCUGAGGGAGGCUACUGACCUGAGGGAAAACAUGCAGAACUCCGUGGCAGUGUUCAGGGAGCUGUGCGGAGUGUCCGCUGUGGCGAACCUCAUGCAGUGCGUCCUGGCUCUGAGCUCCAGAGUGUCCGGACCAGACGAGAUGCCUCUGCUGCUGUUUGACCUCCGGGACCAGUACCCCACCCUGGAGCCCCAGGGGCCCCUGCCUGACGUCCUCCGCCGGGUCGUCUCCACCUAUGAAAUGAUGGUCCAGGCAAGCAGAGCAGUGAUGGAUCUCUCCGAUGGAAUCUACGACAGGAUCCUGCAUAUACAGACAACGGCGAUGGAGUUUCAUGAGAAGCUGCAGAGCCUGGCAGCGAAGGAGGGGCUGAAAGGUCGCAAGGUCAGCCGAGCGCUGGAAAGUUUCAGCUGGAACAUCACCAUCCUUAAGGGCCAGGCCGACCUCCUGAAGCGGGCCAAGGCUGAAGUCCAGGAGAACACGAAGCAGGUCCACGACGCGGCUCUGACCGGAAACCUCAGCAAGGAGAGUCAGGGAAUGACGAGGGUCCGCUCCCAAACGCGAAGAGGCCAGGAUGACAAAGCCACCACAAGUGCUGGAGGAGCCUCGGCAUAGCAAGUGGCGGCGAGAGGAUCCGCGACCGCUGUAGCAUCUGUGACAAACCCUUCAAAUGUCUUGGCUUCAUAAUGUUGCAGGAAUUAAAUAGCAAGUACCCUGUUUUUUAAAAGAAGGAAGUUGAUGAAUGUAAUACUUCAAAAACGCAGACACUGUCUAUGCUUCUGUCGCCGUAGACGUCAGAGGCCGCUGUGAGGAGGCGGGAAGAUAAAUGACAAUGAAGGAGUUGAAUGUAGUUCGAUUUAAAGCCAAGGUUCAGCUGUUUGUACCGUAUGGAACUGUAAAUACACCAAAUGUUUAUUAUCCUCUUCUAAUGUGCAAUGUUUCUGAGAUUUGAGACGUAGAAUUAAGAGCCAGAAGAUCUUAGAAAAACCUUUUGAAAAACUGCCACCUCCAAAUGUUGGCAGCUCGUGCGGAUGCAUCUCAAAGAAUAUCUACAGAAUAUCGUGGAAGUAUUUUUUUUCGAAAUAUAAUUUAAAAAGAGAAACUUUCCUAUAUUCUAGAUUCUUGAUAAAGUGAAAUAUUUCAAGCCUUUUCUUUGUUUUAAUUUUGAUCAUUACAGCGUACAGCUCAUGUUGAUAACAAAUCCAGCAUUUGAAAAUAUUCAAAUAUUUCCAAAGAUCAUCAAAAAGGAUUUAUAAAUCAGAGAUGUCCAGCUUCUGAAAAGUACGUUCAUUUAUGCACUCAAUUCUUGGUCAGGGCUCCUUUAGCAAGAAUGACUGCAUCUGAAAAGUGGACUUUGGAGCACUGAGCAGCCGUCGAGUUCUGUUAGGGACACACAUCCAGGUCUGACCAGCCUGGGGUGGGCCUGCCUUAAAAAACCGAUAAGGUACACAACUGAAGAUAUGUCAAAAACAUCCACAGUUGGCAACUUAACAUCAAGCUAAUGCGGAAGACCUUCAAACACACAAGGGAAUGUUCGCCAUCUUGUCCUAUGUUCUAAAACGACAAAGAGGGAUGCGACAGUUGUAGCGAGUUUCCUGAAGACGUCUGUGUGUGAUGACCCACGAGGCUCUGACUCUAGUCAUCUGCUCCUCGUGAGGCUCUCCCGAGUCCUUGAUUCAACUUUGCUUGAAAAUCUUCUCAAGGCUGCGGUCAUCCCUGUUGCUCGUGCACAUUUCCCCUUCCAGUCAACUUCCCAUGAACUUGCACUGAUACAGUGCUCUGUGAACAGCCAGCGAUGACCUGUAGCUUUUCCUCCUUACGGAUGGUGUCGAUCAUUUCCUUUUCCCGUGAUUGUGGUUUUGUGUACUGAGCUACACCAGGAGAUACACAGUAUUUAUACUGUAUGAAAAGUUAUGUACUCUCACUCAAAAUGAAAUAUUGUCAUCAUUUGGGAUGUUUAGUUGUAGGCUGUAAUUUUUUUAAUUAAAAUUAAAACAUAAUUGAAACAUUUUAGUUUAAUGAGUACAAAGGAGUUCUCAAAGUGGGGUCUGGUAACCACUAAGGGUUAUUGAGGGGUUACAGAGGGUCCCUGGCAAAAAGUGGAAUAAUUUAUUUUCACUAUAAUUUCAACCAUAUGUAACAAACUAUGACUAUUUUGCUCCUGAAUUUCAGACACUUGCUGAAGAACAAACAUCUAAAACCACAAAUGGUUGUCGGGGGUCUGUGGUGUACUUUGUGUUGGUUAUGAGGUCAUUGAAGUGCAAAAGUUUAAGACCAACUGGUCAAGAAUAUGUAAAACUUUCACUUUCUUAAAUACCUGAUGAAAAAUGUUGAACUUUUUCACAAUAUUCUAAUUCUUUGAGCUGGACCUGCGUUUCACUAAGCUGCUACAGUUCCCAGCAAUAUCAAUAAGUAGGGUGUUUUAACUUUGCACCUGUUGGACCAGUGCAGCCUCUGUAUGUCUCUCAUCCUUGUUGUCCAGCCAGAAAAACCCUCCACUUCACCCUCUAAAUACCAUCUUACAUACAGUAUUCUAUAUUUUUCUAUUUUCCUGAAGCCUUUGUUGUAAUUAUGAGAAAAAAAAAAAUUGUUAACUGCCUCAUCUCCAUAACUCGAAAUGUAAACGCCUCUAGGGAACACAAAACGCUGUCAAGUGCUUCAUUUGUUUGCAAAACACUGUACAGUAUUUUAUUAUGUAAUAUUCUAGAAUUCUUUGCUGUGGAGCAUAUUUUACCAUAAGUUAUUGAUCCUAAAUGAAAACAUUCCAGUGAACAAGCUGCCGGUGCGGUAGAUGAUGCUCAACGUGCUCAGCUGUGGUGAUCACCUUCCUCUUCAGUCAGGACGGAGACAUACUAGAAAUAAACUUGUUUUGAAAUGA